GUUGUUGCCGUGUUUGAGGGGGACAAGGACAGCUCGGGACUCCAGAAGAAAUGAACAUUUCUUUCUAACGUGGGUUCCCCGCCCUCCUGUCUUUUCCCGGAUGGUUUUCCAAUUUUAGGAGUCUUAGAAAGCUCUAGCCCUCAUGCCAGGAUGGCAGAAGAUGAGCCUGAUGCUAAGAGCCCCAAGACUGGGGCAAGGGCCCCACAAGGUGGUGCUGAGGCUGGGGAACCCACAACCCUUCUCCAGAGGAUCCGAAGUACCAUUUCCAAGGCCGUACAGAACAAAGUAGAGGGAAUCCUGCAAGAUGUUCAGAAAUUCUCAGACAAUGACAAGCUGUAUCUCUACCUUCAGCUCCCCCCAGGUCCCAGCACUGGAGAAAAAAGCUCAGAGCUAAGCCCACUCACCAAUGAGGAGUACAUGUAUGCCUAUCGGUGGAUCCGCAACCACCUAGAAGAGCACACAGAUACCUGUCUGCCAAAGCAGAGUGUUUAUGAUGCCUAUCGGAAGUAUUGUGAGAGUCUUGCCUGUUGCCGCCCACUCAGCACAGCCAACUUUGGCAAAAUCAUCAGAGAGAUCUUCCCUAACAUCAAAGCCCGAAGGCUUGGUGGCCGGGGUCAGUCUAAGUACUGCUACAGUGGCAUAAGAAGGAAGACCUUGGUAUCUAUGCCACCCCUGCCUGGACUGGACUUAAAGGGUUCUGAGAGUCCAGAAAUGGGUCCAGAAGUAACCCCCGCACCUCGGGAUGAACUGGUAGAGGCAGCCUGUGCCCUAACCUGUGACUGGGCAGAGCGAAUCCUAAAGCGGUCUUUCAGUUCCAUCGUUGAAGUCGCCCGCUUCCUGCUACAGCAGCAUCUCAUCUCUGCCCGAUCUGCACAUGCCCACGUGCUUAAGGCCAUGGGGCUUGGUGUACCCUCCUUCACCCUCACUUUAUCAUCUUUUCUGGGCACCUCUGCAGAAGAGGAUGAACAUGCCCCUCGGGAACGGUCAUCUAAAUCCAAGAAUGGAGUAGAGAACCUGGAGGGGGGAGCCCAUAAGAAACCAGAGAAACUGGCCCAGUCUCCAAAGGAGUUGGAAACCCGGGCUGGGCCCAGCCCUCCAGCACGUGGAGAGCGCAAGAAGAGCGUAAUUGAGAGCUCUGCACCAUCAGCCAGUAACCCGCAGGUCAAUGCCCUAGUGGCCCGGCUGCCUUUGCUCCUUCCCAGGGCCCCUCCCUCACUUGUUCCACCAAUCCGAGUUUCCUCACCCAUCCUGGCCCCCAAGCUUUCUUCAGGCACCCUACUGCCCCUGCCCAGUAGGGCUGGGGGACCCCAGGCAGCUGUGCCUAUCAUUAACAUGAUCUUACCAACAGUUCCUGCUCUGCCUGGACCUGGGCCAGGGCGAGCUUCACCUGGGGGACUCACUCAUCCCAGGGGCACAGAGAACAAGGAGGUAGGCAUAGGUGGUGACCCAGGACUCCAUGAUAAGGGUGUCAAGAGGACAGCUGAAGUACCUGUGAGUGAGGCCAGUGGACAGGACACACCAGCUAAAGCAGCAAAGCAGGAUACAGAGGAUAUAGCAAGUGAUGCCAAAAGAAAACGGGGGCGUCCUCGAAAAAAGUCAGGUGGAAGUGGGGACAGAAAUUCCACCCCCGAGAAGUCAGCAGCUGCCAUGGACUCUGCCCAGUCCUCGAGGUUACCAUGGGAGACAUGGGGCUCAGGAGGGGAAAGCAACUCAGCUGGAGGAUCAGAGAGGCCAGGGCCAGGGGUAGAGGCUGAGCAGGGAACAAUGUUUGCCCAAGCUCAGGAAGAUGGUGCCGUUUCCAAAGGAGGAAGGGGCCCCAGUUCCCGGCAAGCCAAAGACGUAGAAGAUAAAAUUCCUCUUGUCACCUCAAAAGUGAGUGUCAUCAAGGGCAGUAGAAGCCAAAAGGAGGCUCUUCAGUUGGUAAAGGGAGAGAUAGAUGCGGCAGCACAGGGUAAUAAAGUCUUAAAGGGGCAUGUGCAUCAAAGUUCUUUAACCCAUGAGUGUAAAGACCCAGAAGCAACACCCCCAUGAUACUGUGGAGAAGAGUGUCUGUUGUCCAUAUAUUAACUCUGCCUGCCUGCCUGGUAGAAGCCCUUCUUCACUGCACUUGCUUCUCAUUUGCUAUUCUUUGCCUAAGGUAGUCAUUCUCCUCUGUAAGGACAACUGAGUCGCCCAGUCUUACAGAGUGCCUGGUGGCUGCCUCUAACCUUUCCAGCUUAAUACCUUGGCUUUAGUGUAACCAAUAAAUCUGUAAUGACCUUACCUGAAUCCCUGUGCUCUCCUGUGGGAACACAGGGAUGGGUAAGUAUGAUGGAUAUAUAGGUUAGAGAUUUUCUGGUUUUCAAUAUAGAAAAACCUAACUCAAACUGGCUUAAGAAAAAAGAAUUGCUGGGUGUGGUGGUGCAUACCUGUAAUCUCACUACUUGGGAGGCUGAGGCGGGAGGAUUAUCAGUUUGAGGCCAGCCUAGGCAACUAGAUCAGGCAAUUUAGGGAGACCAUGUCUCAGAAUAAAGGUAUAGGCAGAAAAAAGUGACAGAGACACUUGGGGGUGAGGGUUGGUGGGUAGAGAAAGUAAAAAGGAUUUACUGUGUAUAACUGGAAAAUCCAGAGGUAGUGCCAGAUCCAGUGAAGCUUGAUCUGGUUGCUCAGUAUGUCUCUAAAUAUCUGAUUGGUUUUUAAUCUCACUGCUCAGCCUAAUGUAAAAUCAUCUUAAGUCUGGGCUACCUCAUAGCUACCAGCACUCCUAGGAUUAUGUUUACUCAUUUAUGUCUAGCCAGAAAGAGAAGGUAUCAUUGUGCCUGAAAAUCCUGAAGAUUGAUUCUGAUUAGUCCAGCCUGGGUCAACAUCCACCCCUCAGUGUGGCCAGUAGGAUGAUACAUUAAGUUGCUUAUUCUAUACCAUGGACCAUACCAUUGGGGAAAAGGGUGGUGGAAUCAGAGUCCCCACAUGGAGACUGGGCAAGGGGAGUUGCUAGGAGGCAGCUGACACCCAACUACAACUACAAAGUGCAUGUGGUCUUGCCUUGCUGGGCUAAGACCAGCUAGGGCUGCUUCCUUUCUCAGUCUUGUAUUUCCCUUCCUGUAACUUUAACUUCUUUCUUCUUGUGCCAGUCUCAGAAGGAAGGAGAGGGAAUUCAUUCUUUAGGGACUCUUCUCAGUCUUACUUAGAUGGCACCAUCUUUUUUUCCACCUAUGGAGCUCUUUCCAUUUCCUGUUUGAACUUUCUCCUCAUUUUUGCUUCCCUGUCUCCUUACUGACACUUUCACCAACUAGAGUGAAAGAUUUACUUCCUAGUCAUUUCUCUAAAUUCAUUCUGCGUCCACCAGGUGUCAGUCUCUUAUACAUAAUCAGGACUGACUUGGCAAGACUGGGGUUUAGGCUAGAGGUGUGGAAGGACGUUCUGCAUGUCUGGGAGCACUAAAGGAAGGAGUUCCAGACCUUCCGCCUGUGUCCCUGGGAAAAGCAGUAAACCAACUCCUUUGUUCUCUACAUAGGGUAGCUUUGGUCAGGGAAUCUUGGUUCUUCCCAAGAAAUAUGGAUUUGUUUCAGGGAGAUACUCAUUUGCCCAUUUGUUUCCAUCACAGCAGAUUUUUUUAAAAAAUAUGUAAUAUUUGAUAUAUAAAGAAUAUAUGUAACAUGAGUAAAUUAUGAAAUAUAAUAAUAAAAUGAGUAACUAUGAUCCUGUACUCGAUUCACACAUUUAAAAUACCAUUGAGUUUUUGAUCCUCCCGAUCUUGUCCCCCUUUAGAGGUGAACACUGUCCUUAAUUUUGUGUUUAUUAAUUAAUUGUUUUAUAUAUAUAUGUUUUAACCACAUGUAUACUUUAAAAGUAUAUUGUUUAGUUUUGCUUGUCUUUUAGCUUUACAAAAAUGUUACUCUACUACUACCUUGAUGUUUGCCUUUUUGCACUUACCAUUGUUUCUGAGAUUCAUCCAUGUUGUAAUAGCUGCGAUUAACCCAUUUUCAUCUGUAUAAUAUUACGUCAAGAGCAUAAACUACAAAUUCUUCACCAUUCACCUCUCAAUGCAUAUUUGGGCUGUUUCCAGAUUUUUGCUAUUAUGACAAUGCUGCUAUGAACAUUCUUGUACAUGUUAGUGCCUUUGUUUUUAGCAAGAUUUCUAAAAAGGUUUCUAAGAUGGACCUUUUGAUGGUACACCUUUUGAGCUGGAAAUUUUCCCUCGUUUUAUUCUCUGGAUGAGUUUAUAUCAGAAUGAAAUGAACUGUUCUUGAAUGUUUGGUAAAACUCACCUAUAAAGCCA